AUGAGAUUUCCCCCGGAUUCUAUCUUGGGCCUUGAGCGUGAAGGUAGUAUCUCAGAGCUACCUUCAGGCUCUGGAAUAUCUCCCCAGGAGACUCCACCCGAGCCAACCACUUCUACUCUAUACAACGCAACAAGCAGUGGCCCUGUAUCCGAACGUGACGUUACAUCCUUCGUGGACCCUCGAACAUCUCUGGUCGAGGAUUAUCUCCGUCUUCUUGCUACACAAUCAAUCUUCAAGUAUACAGAUGACCCAACAGUCAUACUUCACAAACUAGUCAGGCAUCAAUCUCGGUUGCCGUAUUCUCCCUUCGACCCUGUGAAGACCUUUCUGAACAGCCCUUGUUUCGUCGACUACGUUAUGGAACAAGCUAUUAUUCAGUCUUUCCUUAAAGGUGAUGUAUAUCAAAACUUGCAACACGAUUUCUGGCUUGUGCCGCGAGAAAUGCAAGAGCGACGCAACGACUGGAUUCAUGUUUCUCUCAUGAGAGUAAUGAUCCUCCGUACCACAAGCGCUUUGCAUAUCCUUCAGGAUCUCGCACCUACGUUUUUACAAGUGGUGUAUUCCGACCCCACUCUCUGGUCGGAAAGUUGCAAUCCGGCAUACGUUCCAUUGACAAGUGUAUUGAACUCUGAGGCAACCGAGUUAGCGUUCUUCGUGCUUAUAGACUGCACCUGUGCGAUGGCCUUUGGCCUUCCUCAACAAAUUGAAUAUGACACAACCACCUACGUGCAGCCUAAUUACUCUCCAUCGCAUCAGUGGGCACAUAGUACCCCAAUCUAUUUUCAAGGAUUGCUUGCUGGUAUCAAUGCUUGUCGCGACAAAUCACCUGCUGCGCGCAACUGGAGGGAUAUAGAACUUGAACUUGUGAGAUGGGAAUCUCGGCCAGGCGAGCAUACAUUUACCGAGUCAUGGAUGAUGGUUGCAUGGUAUGCGGUGCAAGAAAGCUGGCGACUUGCGCUUCUAGCUUACCUCUACAUGGCCGUCUGUGAUGUAGCUUCAGAUGACCCACGAGUAGAAUCAAGCGUUAAGCAGCUACUCCAGGUGAUCGGUACAUAUUUAAUAGCUGGAAUAUGUGCACGUAAUGAGGUACAUCGUCGGUUGGUGCGGGAGAAACUGUUGGCUUCUCACGAGACUAAGCUAUGGAUUAUGCGAGCGUCGGACUUUGUCCCGGUUUUAGAGAAUCUAUGGCAUGGCGCCGCAGUCGGAGGUAGUCCAAUCAAAUGGAGCGAUUAUAUGCGCUCACGCCAGACAGUACUACCAGUUUGCUAA